GAAGAUUGUCGUGUGGCUUUCAGCCUGACAAGAGACAAUUGUUCGGAUAGUGGAGAAGGUGGAUGCUGCUAUUUAGUGGAAAUCUACUAACCUUACCCACCCGGCCGAAAGUCUGCCAACCAAGUCCAGUAUACUUUGGCUAAUCCGUCUUCCCGUUGUUGUGACGAUUUGACACCUUAUCCAAACCCGGCCAAGUCCACCACCGGUUUUCACCAUAGAUUCCUCACUUCAACCCCCGCUUCUUUCCCCGUCCGCUCUGACCAAUUCACCUGGUCUUCAAACCCUGAUUGACUUGUCUGAGUCGCGCCUUAAAUGGUUAGGACGACAAUCCAGCCAGACCGACGCCGGCCUUGAGCUUGACGACCUCGCCGACGUUGCAAAACGCAAGGCAGCCCAGAGGUUGCAAGGGAAAAGAGAGCUCAAACGCAAGGCCAAACUCGAUCGCCUGAUUGCAGAGGACGAGAUGAAGUUCUCUCACAGUAUUCAGUUCAAUGCUGUACCCGAUUGGAGCAACAACUACAUCUCGUACAGUAACCUGAAGAAGCUAAUCUAUCAAUUAGAGAAACACGUUAACCAAACACAUGGCCACACGCAAGACGCUGAAUCGUCGCCGCUGCUCAAUGGGAAUGCCGAAGAUCCCGAUACGGUCUUUCGGCGGGCUUUGGAUCUCGAGCUAGAGAAAAUCUGCUCAUUUUACCAAUCCAAAGAGCGUGAAAUCUAUGAGGAUGUUGGAGUUUUACUUCGGGACGAGCAGGUAUUUGAAGAGGAUGCAGACGGUUUAGAACAAGACCAAGGCGAUGGAGCUCUACGAUCGACCAGUGCCGGAGCUGGCCGAGCCAGAUCUGGGAGCAUCUUUCGCUCAAUCGGAUUCAGUGGCAGGCAAAGAAGAGCAAGCACGAUGAGUGCGUCAUUGGACGAACCAGACGAGGACGGCGACAGUGAUGAUGAGGAUCCGGACGAGACAGAACACCUGAACAAGCACCGCUUCUCGGCCGGCAAGGAACGGAGACGAUCAGAAGGAGCUCCUGCCUCCGAAUCGAGGGCCUCUCGGGAGCUUUCCCGAUUUCAACGCCGAGCCAGCGAAUCUCGUCGAUUAAGCCAAGGCAUAGAUGACUUCAACGACCAGGCCUUCUCCGCGCUCUACGAUACGGGCUUGACAUUGAAGAAACGGACAGUGAGCCUCUAUGUCUCGUUAUGCGAGCUCAAAUCAUUUAUUCAACUGAAUAAGACUGGGUUUUCCAAAGCGCUGAAAAAAUAUGACAAGAUUCUGGAUCGGGCAUUGAAACCUGUCUACAUGGACCAGAAGGUUUCUCCAGCCUAUCCCUUUCAACAGGAGACUAUGAACACCCUUCAGGACAACAUCAAGUCGGUUGAGAGUGCAUACGCCGAUCUCGUGACUAAAGGUGACUUGUCGGAAGCGCAGAGAGAACUUCGCCUCCAUCUACGAGAGCAUGUCGUUUGGGAGCGCAAUACCGUCUGGCGAGAAAUGAUUGGCAUUGAGCGCAAAGCACAAGCCGCCAACAUGGGCAUCGGACGCUCCUUUCUGGGCGGAGCAACCGACCCCGUCAGGGCUCGUCGACAGGGUGAUGAAGCUGAAGAUGGCGGUGCCAAGGAGCUUUCAACGCCAGUUGGCCGCGUGCGAUGUCCCAGAUGGCUGUUCAGCCCAAGCUUCUUUCUCCUUCUUGCCAUUAUCGCUGUUUUCGUCGUGCUGCUGAUUGUGCCGAUUAUGAAGAAACCGGAACAGCAAAACUGCCUCGCCAUGCUGGUGUUUGUCAGUUUGCUCUGGGCUACCGAAGUCAUUCCGCUAUUCGUCACAUCGCUCCUGAUUCCUUUCCUCAUUGUCGUCUUACGCAUCGUCCGGUCUGAUGAGAAGCCACACCAUCGGCUUGACCCUAAAUCAGCCGCCAAGUACGCCUUCGCUGCCAUGUGGACACCGGUCAUCAUGCUUCUGCUUGGUGGUUUUGCCAUUGCGGCCGCCCUGUCCAAGUAUCAAAUUGCAAAGAAGAUUGCGACGCUGGUACUUAGCAAGGCUGGCACUCGACCUCGAACUGUGCUCAUUACGAACAUGUUCGUUGCCAUGGUCGCUAGCAUGUGGAUUAGUAACGUCGCAGCGCCAGUGCUAUGCUUUUCUAUCAUUGAGCCCAUUCUGCGCAAUCUUCCCGCGGACUCCAACUUUACGAAAGCGCUCAUUCUCGGAAUUGCUCUGGCAUCGAACAUUGGCGGUGCAGCGUCGCCAAUUGCGUCGCCGCAGAACAUUAUCGCUCUGCAAAACAUGACGCCCCAACCCAGCUGGGGUGUAUGGUUCUUCGUUGCCUUGCCUGUCUGCAUCAUCUCAAUUCUGCUCAUCUGGCUUCUGCUUCUGGUCACCUUCCAGCCGGGCAAGGGAACCACCAUUGUUCCUAUUCGGCCGAUGAAGGACAAAUUUUCUGGCGUGCAAUGGUUCAUCACAGCAGUCACCGUCGGCACCAUUGUGCUAUGGUGCGUGUCGCAUCAGCUUGAGGCUGUCUUUGGUGAUAUGGGCGUUAUUGCCAUCCUCCCGCUUGUGCUGUUCUUUGGCACGGGCAUCCUGACCAAGGAAGACUUUAACAACUUCCUCUGGACCAUUAUCAUCUUAGCAGCCGGCGGUCUCUCUCUUGGCCGCGCAGUCGACAGCUCUGGCCUUCUUCACACUAUUGCCGGAGCCAUCACUGCCAAGGUACAAGGACUAAGCUUGUACGGUGUCCUUGUUGUCUUUGCUUCCCUCAUUCUCGUCAUUGCCACGUUCAUUAGCCAUACCGUCGCUGCGCUCAUUAUUCUGCCUUUGAUUCACCAAGUCGGUGCGGGUAUGAAAGAACCGCACCCGAACUUGCUCGUCAUGGGCGGUGCCCUCAUGUGCUCUGCUGCCAUGGGAUUGCCCACCAGUGGAUUCCCCAACAUGACUGCCAUUAUGAUGGAAGAUUCUCAGACCGGCCAGCGCUACCUGCGCGUCUUCCACUUUAUCUCGCGCGGUAUUCCUAGCAGCAUCAUUACCUUACUGAUCGUCAUCAGUCUCGGCUACGGAUUGAUGCUGGCAGUCGGGCUGUAAAUUCUCUUUUCUCUCUCGCCCGCCUCCGGGGUUCACCGUCAUACUCGAAUUCCAUUCUUGAUCCCCUCACAACCCCUUCAUCUCCUUUUCUUUUUUGUUUUAUAGUUUUUUGAGCUUUCAUAUCUCUGCUUUUCUCCCCUUCCCAACGCGGGGGGUCAUAUAUAAGAUACAUACAUUGUUCCAGCAUGCCAAGCAUAUCCAUGGCAAGCGAAAGCGAGCGCGAGCUUACAAGAAAUUUGAACCCGUCUCUUUGUGGGUGGCCGUUUACCUUUUUCCUUUUUGCUUUUCUUAUUCUUUUCUUCUGUUUUUACCUUCAUCAUCAUUGCCUUCAUUGUCUCUAUUUUUCCUCCCUGUUCUUGACUUAUCACUUUCAUCAUUGAUUUAUUUUGCCAUUCUAGAUUGUAUGAUGUACAUGUACAUGCCCCUUGAUUUAAUUUUCCUUCUUUCUUUGAUUUCCCUCCUUUUAUCAUUUUUUGGUCAUUUGGACUGUCUGG